CAAACGAAGACCAACGUCAAAAUCCCCUUUAUUCCACCGUCAAACUACUCAGAAUCUAUGUAAUUGUGUGAACCGUCGCUCGCCAGGCGGUUCACUGAUCCGACUAGCUAGCUCGGACCUUGCUUGUUCUCGUACUUAAACUGCUAAAGAUAAGAGGGGGAUAUUGUUGGAGAUGGCAAGUGUGCUCAGGCCUUCUCCUUUGGCUUACAUAUACUCGUGGCUAGCCAAGGCAAUGGACCGAGACGAGUCUGUUCGGAAACCGGCCGAGGCGGCUCUCUUUCGAAUCGAGCGUAUGCCCGGGUUUUACUCUUGUCUCAUGGAAGUGAUUACAAUGAAAAGUUCAGCCUCUCGUGUAGAGGUACGAUUAAUGGCCUGUGUAUAUUUGAAAAACAGAAUUGAUCGAUUUUGGAGGCAGAGACGAGAUUCACCGGGGAUAAGCAACAAUGAGAAACUGCAUUUAAGGAAAAAGUUGUUUUCGCACUUGAAAGAAGACAAUUAUAAGAUAGCUGAAAUGCUAGCAUUGAUCAUCUCUAAAAUUGCUCACUUUGAUUAUCCGAGGGAAUGGCCAGAUCUGUUUUCUUUUCUAGCAACGCAGCUUCAGUCAGCCGAUGUUCUUACCUCCCACAGAAUAUUUAUGAUCCUCUUUAGAACUUUGAAGGAGUUAUCCAAAAAACAUCUUACUGCAGAUCAAAUGAAUUUUGCAGAGAUAUCAUGCUAUUUAUUUGAGUAUUGCUGGAAUCUUUGGCAGAGUGAUGUACGAACAAUAUUACAUGGUUUUUCUACAAUCACUGAGAGCUGUAAUUCGAGUACUGUGGAGCAGAAUCAUGAUGAUCUUUAUUUAAUUUGUGAGAGAUGGCUGUUUUGUCUAAAGGUAAUAUGCCAUUUAGUGAUUUCAGGGUUUCAAAGUGAUGCAGACUGUGUUCAGGAAGUAAGACCGGUUAAGGACGUUUGUCCUGUACUUUUGGGUGCUGCUCAAUCGUUACUUCCAUAUUAUGAAUCUUUUCAAAAUAGUCAUCCUAAAUUCUGGGACUUCAUAAAGAGGGCAUGUCCUAAAUUGAUGAAGAUUCUAGAUGCAAUUCAACAGCGGCAUCCUUAUUCUUUUGGCGAUAAAUCUGUCAUUCAACCUGUCCUCAAUUUCUGUUUAAACAAGAUUACAGAUCCUGAGCUUCACAUACUGUCCUUUGAGCAAUUCCUGAUUAAGUGUAUGAUAAUGAUAAAAAGUGUAUUGGAAUGUAAACAAUAUAAACCACGUCUAACUGGAUGGGCUAUUGAUGACAAUCAUGUUGCUGGUGUUUUGACCUCCUUCUUGCCCAAAGAACAGAUAGUACUUUUUUGCACAGUAUUGAUAAGGAGGUAUCUUGUUCUAACUAAAAAUGACUUGGAGGAAUGGUCUGAGAACCCCGAGGUUUUUUAUCAUGAGCAGGAUCUUGUUCAGGGGACAGAGAAGCUAAGGACUUGUGCAGAGUCUUUAUAUAUUGUAUUGUUUGAAAGCCACAGUCAACUGCUAGCUCCUGUUGUGGUGUCCAUUCUUCAUGAGGUGAUGAACGGCUGCCCUACUUCUGUGACUGAAUUUUCUCCAGGGUUACUUCUUAAAGAGGCUGCCUAUGGUGCUGCUGCACAUGUAUAUUAUGAGCUCUCAAAUUACCUAAGCUUCCAUGAUUGGUUUAAUGGUGCUUUAUUCCUUGAACUUUCUAAUGGUCAUACAAAUACGUGUAUCAUCCGCCGGAGAGUUGCACUACUAUUGGAAUGGGUUCCUGGGGCAGAGGUGGGUACAGAGAUUCAGAAUCAUAUUAAAAGAGUUAUAUACUGUGCAUUGGUGCAUCUGUUAGAAGACAGAGACCUAGCUGUGAGGCUGGCUGCCUGCCGAUCAUUAUGUUUACAUGUGGAAGAUGCAAAUUUUUCAGAGAGCGGUUUUUCUGAUCUGUUUUCUGUGUGUUGGGCUUCAUGUUUUAAGUUGGUGGAUGAAGUUCAAGAGUUUGAUUCGAAGGUCCAGGUUUUUAAUUUGAUUUCCCUUCUUCUUGGUUAUUUCAAUGAGGUCAUCCCAUAUGCAAACAACAUGAUGCAGUUUUUCCAGAUGGUAUGGGAGGAAUCUUCUGGUGAAAGCCUUUUACAGAUACAGCUUCUUAUCACAUUGCGAAACUUUGUUAAUGCAUUGGGAUAUCAUUCACCUUGUUCCUACGGCAUGCUCCUCCCCAUUCUUCAGAAAGUGAUUGAUAUAAAUGAUCCAGAUAAACUCGAUCUUCUGGAUGACGGCAUGCUGUUGUGGGAAACUACAGUUUAUCAUGCGCCUGCAAUGGUGUCUCAACUCUUAGCGUUAUUCCCAGGUCUGGUGAAAAUCGUGGAAAGUAAUUUCGACCAUUUGGAGGUUGCUGUCAAAAUUACAGAAGGUUACAUUCUUUUGGGUGGAAGGGAAUUUUUCAACUUGCAUGCUUCCAGUGUGGCUGAACUUCUUGAUCUCUUUGUUGGAGAUGACAAUGACAGGACGCUACUUUCAGCUCUUCCUGUCAUUGACAUUUUGAUACAGUGUUACCCCGCGGAAGUACUGCCAUUAAUCAACACUACUUUACAAAAACUUCUUGUUAUUUGCUUGAGUGUAAGUGACGAUGGCAAUCCUUUAGACACAGCUAUUAAAGCAUCUUCAGCUGCUAUCCUAGCAAGGAUUUUGGUGAUGAAUCGCAACUAUCUUGCACUCUUAACAUCACAACCUUCCCUUUCAUCACAACUGCAGCAGGCUGGUGUAUCUGUUGAAUAUAACAUUCUUCUUAGUCUGGCUGACACAUGGCUUGAACAGGUGGACAAUGUUUAUUCAUCCUCAAAGAAAAUAUUUGGCCUAGCACUUUCCGUGAUUAUGACUCUACAGCUGCCUCAAGUUCUAUAUAAACUUGAUCGGAUAUUAAGUGUCUGCAGUAGUAUGAUUUUGGGAGGGACUGAUGACUUAACGAUGGAAGAAUCAAGUGGUGAUGGCAUGAGCUCCAGCAGGUCCCACGGCGAGGGUUCCCUUUCCAGUAAGGAGCUAAGAAGAAGACAGAUCAAAGCCGCAGACCCUAUUAACCAGAUGUCAGUGGAAAACGCUGUGAGAUACAAUCUUGGAAUCUGUGCUGAAGUACACAAGAGGUCAUUUUAUUAUGCCAUUGGGAGGAUGCAUCCUGCAGCCCUUGCACAACUGAAGCAGGCGCUGAAGAUUCCAUAGGCAGCCCUUUUUCUUCCCCAGGAAUCAUUCGCAUGUUAAUUUUUUUUCCCAGUUUUUUCUCAUUAAUUCUUACCCCAUAGGGGGAUAUACUAAAGUACU